AUGAAGUACACUGUUGACUGGACUGACAUCAAGCACUGUGCCAGAACCAAGGACGGAAGAACUGCAUUUCUUGACCUAAAAUCCGCACGGCUUGGGGCCCAAUACACCAACAAUGUCUCGGCCAAAAUUGAGAGAAGAUGGUUAGCUCUAUCCUACGCAGGACCAAAACGCAACUGGAAGUUUGACAAUUACGCCCGCAACCACAAGGAAUGCUUCCUCCUCCUUGCUGAGCUUGAUGACUACCAAGAACCUGACGAGCAAACCAGAGUCCGCAAGGUAAUUGAUCAGAUUGUCACUAGAGAGCUUGACACAGCUGUUAGCAUGAUCAUUGCUUCCCCAACCAUGGGAACCAACUUUGAUGCAUCAGUUGCUCAUAUCAAAGGGUUCAUUGGCAAUACUCUCGUCCUUGGAAAACACUCACGUGAUGGAAGACACAUUGCCUCGGUCAACACCACGCAUAGACCUCCAAACAAAUGGCUUGCAAUGCCUAAGGACGAACGGAGCGCAAUCAUGGAGGAACGUAAACCCAAGAAACGCAAACUGGAAAAUGGAAACAAGAAAGAUAAAACAACUCCCAAGGACUCUGCAGCAGCCAAGAAGAAUGAAAAGAAAAAUGGCCGAACUACUUUCAAAGAAUUGAAACGCCGUAUUGCCGUGCUUGAAUCCAAGGAGUCUGCCCGAACACAGGAUGGAAAUGACAACAACGAUACUGGUAAUGCUGCCAACGGAAACCACACCAACCCUGCGCUCAACCGUGGUCAACAAGGUGAUAGUGGCUGA